CGCAUCGUGCCCUCCCUCCCCUCCCUCCCCGCGACGCCUCCCUCCUCCGUCCUCUUCUGCUUCCCCGCUUCCACCUCCUUUCAAACCCUAGAACCCAAUUCCCCACCCAAAACCCCAACCCUAGCUCCCCUGCCUCCUCCCUCCUCCGUUCCCUGCGCCCCUCGCGGCUCCCGCGGCCGCGCUCAGUCCCGCCGCUCGGCCCUCGCGGACCUAGGGUUUGCCCGUGUGGUCGUGUCCCGAGCUGUUUUGGCUGGGUGGGCGGGCGGGCAGGUGUGGGUGGGUUCGGGUUUGCGAGGAGGUGCGGGGUGGAGAUGAGAUGAGGCAGCAGCGGUGCGGGUGGUGGCCAUGAGUAGGCCCUCGUUCAGGCCGCGGCCGCUCGACAUCCACAAGAAGCUCCCCAUCCUCAAGUCCGUGCGGGAGUUCGAGGACGAUGAGCAAGGGUUCGCGCUGGCCACCGCGGCGAGGGCUGGGGUGCUACUGCGGCACUCCGGCGUGGAGCUCACCGCGUCUGCUGCUAACAGCGCCGCUGAAGGCGAGGGAAAUCAAGCACCCAGUAAGAAAAAUAUUCAAGAAAUACCAACACCGCAGUUCGAUAUUGUAGGCACCUAUGAAAGGGACUAUACUCGUACCUUUGCACAACCAACAUGUUACAUACGUGGAAGAGGAGCUAGAGCUGAUAUUGGUGAAUUUGUUGAGUAUGACCUGGACAACGAAGAUGAAGACUGGCUUGACGACUUCAACAACGAGAGGAAGAAUCUAAACCCUGAAAAGUUGGAGGUCCUCCUGUUCAAGUUCGAAAUUUUGGAUCACAAAGCUCGUGAAAGGGCGGGAGCCAUAACACCAACUUUCAUAGGGCCAGUACCAGUCCUCUUGCAGCUUGAUGCUGCUAUGGAGGCUUUGCAGUACUUAUCUGUUCGGUAUGCCAUUUUCCAAGCUGUAUAUAACUAUUGGAAAGAAAAGAGGGAACGGUGGCAAAAGCCUAUUCUACGGCGUUUGCAGCCUCCUCCACCAGUGAAUGAUACAAACCCAUACAAUGUAUUCAGACCAAGAGAAAAGGCUCAUCGUCUUCAUACAAGAAGGAUGCAAAGACGGGAAAACAAUAUACAAUCAUUUGAAAAACUCCGCCUGGUGCGGCGCAACUUGGAUCAAGCAAAAGCACUAAUGGAUGCUUUGAUUAAGAGGGAGGAAACAAAGCGGGAGGCCAUGGAAUGCCAGGUCAACCUUCAGCGCAUUCAGAUGAAAUAUAAGCAUGAGGCUCAGCUUGUUGAGGAUGGGAUUACCUUGUCUGGCUUCCAGCAAGCAUCAAGCAGAUAUGGAUCAAGUGAUGAUGAUUAUGCAGAUUCUGAUGACACCACAACUGAACAGCCAUAUAUACGGCCUGCUGUUUUCCAUCCUCGGUUCCGUGAUAACAAGCUAUCUGUGAUCCCUCCGCUUCGUAUAAAGCGUGAACAACGGGAACUGAAAAGGAGACCUCAGCAGAAUGGUUGGGUAUUUAAAAGGGAUCCCGAGGAGCCAGAAUUCUUAUUCACAAGACCACUUGAUCCAGAGAAGUUGGUCGCAGCUGGUAUCAAGCCGCCACCGGCUCCACCCAUUGAGAAUGGUGCCACCAUGCCACCGUUUCAGUGUCGAGGUAGGAUUGGACGAGGUGGUCGCAUCAUAUUUGAUCGAUUGAACCCUCUUCUGCGAACACCAAUCGGCCAGGAAACCUCCUAUUAUGUGCCAUACGGUCACAGGCCCCCCUCACCAGAAGCUUGAAGCCUUCUGCAUUUAGUGCUUAUGACACUGACACAGCUACCGAACUGUGAAGCCUCCGAGCAAUUGUUUUCCCGUAGGCGCCAAAUUGGCCCUUGGACUACACACUAUUUGCGACUUCCUGAGUUGUGAGCUCAGUGGACCUGAUGGAAAGGCAAAAAGCUCCUGGAUAAGCAGCAGCCUCAAUGGAAGCUGGGAACGUUUGGGCUAUCGUGGGGCUAGCAGUUCUUAUCGGAUGUGGCUUGGUCAUCUUUUCACAGCUGUUGUAAAAUUAUUGCAGUGUAGGUGAAAGAGUAGAGCAUUUUUGUCUAAUCUUGGCUUGUAGGGUCAGUAUCUAAUACCAUGCUCUCUCAUUGGUUAUUCAUUUGGAGGAGAGGAAAUCCUUCUCAUUGCUAAGCCAAGCUUUUUGUAUAAUGUUUCGACACGUUUGCAUGUAUUCAACUAAUGUGCACGUGUGUAUAUAUUCAACUAAUCUGCAUUUAGUGCAUGAGCAUGUCAUGGCAAAUGUCAGUAGUCAGUAGGUUAGGCAGAAAAUGGAAAUGGAAGGGGCGCAACAAUGCUACAUAAUCUGUUGUUCACUUGUUCAAAUGCUGGUACUCAAUUUA